GUCGCCGCCGCCGGGUUUGCUAGCCGAGUCGCGCGCGGAGAGCUCCGUGGGGCAGAGAAGUCAUGGCUUCUCCGUCCAAAGGCAGUGACUUGUUCUCGUCCGAUGAGGAGGGCUCGGCGAUGGGGGCCGGGCCGGGCCCGGGGCCGGGGGGCGCCGAGGGCGCGGCGGAGGAGCGCCGCGUCAAGGUCUCCAGCCUGCCCUUCAGCGUGGAGGCGCUCAUGUCGGACAAGAAGCCGCCCAAGGAGGCGUCCCCGCUGCCGGGCGAGAGCGCCUCCGCCGGGGCCACCCUGCGGCCGCUGCUGCUGCCCGGACACGGGGCCCGGGAAGCGCGCAGCCCCGGGCCGCUGGUCAAGCCCUUCGAGACCGCCUCGGUCAAGUCGGAAAAUUCAGAAGACGGAGCGGCGUGGAUGCAGGAACCCGGCCGGUAUUCGCCGCCGCCAAGACACAUGAGCCCCACCGCCUGCACCCUGCGGAAGCACAAGACCAACCGGAAGCCACGCACCCCCUUCACCACGUCCCAGCUCCUGGCCCUGGAGCGCAAGUUCCGCCAGAAACAGUACCUCUCCAUCGCUGAGCGCGCCGAGUUCUCCAGCUCCCUGAACCUCACAGAGACCCAGGUCAAAAUCUGGUUCCAGAACCGCAGGGCCAAGGCGAAAAGGCUGCAGGAGGCCGAACUGGAAAAACUGAAAAUGGCUGCGAAACCCAUGCUGCCCUCGGGCUUCAGCCUCCCCUUCCCCAUCAACGCGCCCCUGCAAGCAGCAUCCAUAUACGGGGCAUCGUACCCCUUCCAUAGACCUGUGCUCCCCAUCCCGCCCGUCGGACUCUACGCGACGCCGGUCGGAUACGGCAUGUACCAUCUAUCCUAAGGAAGACUGCGCCACAGACUCCACGACGGACGUGUGUUUGAGCAGGCCCCCCUCCCUCUCGAGGAAGGCCGCACCCAGCCAGCACCCCUGCUUUGCAAACCCCGCCUGCACCCCCCUGAGCAGCUAGGCCCACAGGGCCGCAGACUCGGUUUGGAUUCAUUCUUUAGACGGGCGACACCAGGCCCCCGUGUACCUGGUGUCACCCUCCAGAUGGCCCCUUGUCCUUGCAUAAAGAUUGGCUCUGACCGUUUUUAUAUAUGAAGAUGUAUAAUAAAAUAUAAUACAUUUUUAUACAGCAGACGGAAACAUUCAAAUUAUUUUGAAAGGCAAAAUUUAUAUACAUAUAUAUAUAUAUAUAUAUCACCUUCCUAAAAGAGACGGUUUAAGUCCAUUCUUUUCUUCUUGUAGGGGGAGACAAAUUAUUUACUAAAAUUGCUGAAAUUUGGUGAUUUCGAUGGGACAAUUGACUUGCGCUUGGGGAAAACAAAUAGAAUUAGACACGAUGGGUAGAGACAGUAGAUACGGAGAGACUUUUGCAAGUGACAGGGGACACGUCAUGUUUUUGCAGUGACACGCAUUCGAAACUCAUCCGAUGCUACCCCAUUCGGCCCUAUUUUCCACCCUCUCCACGUUGUCACAUGGUUACACAUCGGUGAAGUUUUAUCUUUUUCUUUUUUUUUUUUUUGGUAAAAUCAGUAAAAGGGGGACGGGAAGACCCCUGAGCGGGCCUGGGGUCAGGGCAGAUGGAAGGACUCCCUCAUUCGCAAGGCGGUCACUUAACUCCAGAUACUUGGAGAGUGAAAAGUUAAAGCAUGUCUGGAGGAAUUGAUGGUUUCUGUGAAAUACUAGGUCGGUCCUCACACAUUGCAAAGGUGAUCGGGGGAGGGGAGGGUGUAGUUCAUUUUCUGCUUUAAAAAAAAAAAAAAAAAAGCCUUGUAACUAUUACGUAUAUGCUAAAUAUUCUUCAACGACGAAUAGACCCAGAAUGAAAAAUCCUGUUUUCUCUGUGUGUGUACCUAUUGUAUGUGCUAAACGUAUUAGAAAAAUUUAUAUACCUUUUAACAUGUUGGGGGCAAAGGGUUAAAGCCAUGUUUUGACUUGCUGAUAAUGGUGGUGUCACACAGGCCAUUUAGCUCCUUAGUAUUUCAUCUUCCUAGCCAACUCUCCCCUCCCCCACCCCCCCAACCAGUAUACUUUAUCCCUUUGAAAGGGUACCUUGUAUAAUUUUAUAUAUUUUAUUGAAGAGUUAUUUCUUAUCUCUGAUUCCGAAUUAAAUUAAAUGUUUGUUUUAUUGCA